GUUUUGAAGGACUUGCAAGAGUGGAGAAACAGAGGAACAAACAUGUGCUUUGGACAACCUGUUAAUGAUGAUGUGCUGAAACUCGUACAAGAGGAAAUGGCAACAUUGGUUAUAUCUGUUGAAAAAAAUAAGGAAACUUGGGUGCAGGAUCACGAGGGACUAAGAAAGAAUCUGCAAUGUUUGACACAACUUUUUGAACUUGACAUCAAGCGACUUGAAGCUAGCCAUGUGGCCUUAGAAAGUGGCCUCAGUGUCCUUAAAAAGGAUCAGUUGAGGAUGAAAGAAACUCUAGUGGAAAAUGAAAUGAUAGCAUCAUCAAAUGCAUCUCUCAUACAGCAUGUUAAAGAUAGUUACGAAGAGAGGCACAAAGGUCUUCAAUGUCAACAAGAGGUUUUGGAAGGGAAAGUUGCUGGUUUGUCUCAAGGAAUGGAAAAGUUGACUUCAGAAGGAAACAAUUGGCUCAUAAGUGGACUCCAUUGGAAAAUCCCUGUAACAUUAGUGCUGAGUAUUGUCAUCAUUCUCCUGUAUGAGUAUUAUACUCCAGGAUCUAAGCUUCGUUAUUGGCUUUGUAGAAGGGAAAGCAUCCAAGGCCACACUUUGUCUUUCGUUUUCAAGACAAAUGAUCACCAGACACCGUCAGUGAAUGGAAUUGAGUUCAGCUGGGAGGCUUUAAGAAAGAAAUUGAACCUUAAGAUCCGUCCUCAUGAUGAGCCAGGGGUGCAUUACUACCUCAACAUCGAUCGCUGUGCAUACGGAGGUGUCGUACUUGUGCGCUCACUCCUGGACAAGACUCCUCAAGUGCGGGGGGCAGAGGUUUUAGCCGUGAACUCUGAUUGUUCUCGAGUCUUUUACCAUGAUGACGGCGUCUGGAGUCUUUACCAAAGUGCAAGAAAUAUCCGUUGCAUGCCUGCAAAUGGAUGAUGCAGUUCAUUUGUUUCAGCAGUACCCGUUGUCCU